UUUGUUUCUUCGCGUGAACACAAACGUUUUUAUCAUAAACUUUUCUCCUCAUUUUCUAUCUUUAUCUCUCUCUCUUACAUUACGCUAGACAUUUUUCCUUCUCCUAAUUCUGUUUUGCUUUUUUUGCAUCAUUUUCCUUAAACAUUAAAAAAAAAAAAAAAAAACAGAGAAGCUGCAAAGCAAUUGUUGUGUACACAAUUUGUUUGUUUUUGCUUUGUGGGUCGCUUUUAUUUUCAUUUGAAUUUCAACACAAGACUCUUAUUUUCCGUAAAAUAGACCUUAUGGUUUGGUCUUUUCUAUAUUUUGUGUAUAGUGAAAGCUUUAGUGUAUCGAAUUAUUUUUUUUCUCUUGUGUUUGUAUUUUCUUUAAGUUUAAUGUAAGAAAAAUUGAAACUUUUUAAUGGGUUUUGACUGAAGAUAGGAAUUUACGCCUGAAUUGUUGGUUUUGCGGUGACCGGAAAAAGAUAGAAAAAAUAGAGACUUUUUCAAGACUUUUUAUCUUCCUUUUUUAUAUUUUCGUGUAAUAAUUAAUUAGUUGUCCAAACGUCAAAACAUGUAUUUUUUUAUUAUGUUUUCACUUCGUAUAUAGAAAGUUAUAUUCUCAAUUUAUUCACAUCGUACAAAAUCCCGUAUUUUUUUCUUUCUAUUUCUCUUUCUAUUUUCUCCAAUUUCUACUCUUUUGUGUUUGUUUGUUUUUCUCUUCUCCUCUGUGUCAAUAUUUUCUUCAAAGAAUUUAGAGAGAGAAACAGUUUGAUAUCUCUUUCUCUCUCUCUGUUUCUUGUUUUUGUUUCUUGCAUAAUGGAAAAGGAAAAAGGGUCACUGCAAUCAAACCUUAAUUGUUUCUUGGAAUGCACAACUCCAUUAGUCCCUUCCCAGUUUCUACCCCAGAGUGAGAUGAGGAAUUUGAAUAGGUUAUGGCAUCCAUGGGAAAGAGAAAAAGUUGAAUAUUUUACAUUGGGUGAUCUUUGGAAUUGUUAUGAUGAAUGGAGUGCUUAUGGUGCUGGAGUUCCUAUUAAAACUGAUUCUGGAGAAACAUUAGUCCAAUAUUAUGUCCCUUACCUUUCAGCUAUUCAGAUUUUUAUCAGCAGGCCUUCUGUUAAUUUUCUGAGGGAAGAGACGGAUUCUGUUUGCGAGACGAGGGAUUCGUUCAGCGAUUCGUUUAGUGAUGAGAGUGAAAGUGAAAAGCUGUCAAGAUGGGAUGGUUGUUCCUCUGAGGAAGGUGAUAGUCUUUGGCACAUGAAUGAUAGAUGGGGUUAUCUUUAUUUUCAGUACUUUGAGAGAUCAACUCCAUAUGGAAGAGUCCCUUUGAUGGACAAGAUUAGUGCCUUUGCUGAAAGGUUCCCUGGAUUAAUGUCAUUGAGAAGCGUAGACCUUUCACCAGCUAGUUGGAUGUCAGUUGCUUGGUAUCCGAUUUAUCACAUUCCUAUGGGAAGAACCAUUAAAGACUUGUCAGCAUGCUUUCUCACAUUCCACACCCUUUCUUCUUCUUUUCAAGAUAUGGACCUUGAUGAUGACAUGGAGAAUGGUAAACAGAAGCGAAAGGAAGGAGAAAGCAUCCCUCUUCCGCCUUUUGGGUUAGGCACUUACAAGAUGCAAGGCGAUGUGUGGCUUUCAGACAAGAGUGGGAAGGACCAAGAGAAGCUGUCAUCACUCUUUAGUGUGGCAGAUUCAUGGCUAAAGCAGUUGGGUGUCCAGCACCACGACUUUAACUAUUUCAUGGGCAUUCGUCGUGGCUGACCAUCUCCAAUAAUGAGUUGCACUUAUAUACCCCACCAAUGGGGCUGACUACUGGAGUUCCUUCUCUUAUCGUAGGCUCUCUGAGGUGUUUCUUGUUUGUUGCUUUCGGUAGCAUAAAACAGCCUUAGAUACUCCUAUAUAAAGGCAUUAGUCUUUUACUCGUUUUCCUAAUCCUAAACCGAGCAUCUCCAUGAAAGAUGCUGUGGUUUAGUGUCGUUGCUCUUGAGUUUUCUGUGACUUGUUUUUUGUAUAGGGAGAGGACUAAUUGUGUAGGACAUGAUCUUUACAUGACUCUUAUGAUGACCCCUAGCACUUUGUGAGCAACUUUUGCACGCUUGUGCAAUUUUGCUUCAUCUUUUGUAUAAUUCUUGAAGUGCCUUUUUUGGUGUUUCAUUUCUGCUUUUCCUUGUAAUCCUGUCAUGUAAAUACUUCACAUCUUUUUUAACAGUACAAAAGGCUAAAUGGCAAGCAAAAAAAUAGUUCACGUGUUCA